AUUAAGGGCAACAUUAUCGCAACGUCCCAGCCGGUCCUUAAGGGCAGGGGACCCACAAAAACACUAGGACCGAGGGGGAAAGUCGUUAUAUAAGCAACGUCCCAGCUCGUCCUUCGUCCCUCGUCCUUUGAUAUCUCUUGCGUCCUUUGCUUUUUUUAUUUUAAGGACUUAAAAUUGUCCUAGCAAUAAUGAUGGCCUAAACACCACUUUGCUUACAUGGCAUCCCACUAGCCUUUCUCGUCCCACUUCUCCUCCAUAAAUAGAGCUCUCAGCAACUCACCACCUGAUCCUCAGCCUUCUCAAUAUUCUUAACCAAACUCUCUCUCUCGAUCUGUACUUCUAACUCCGUUUAAGUUUGUUGUCUGAAUUUUUAUUUAAGAAAAGAGGUAACAAUAAUGUCAAGUUUUGACGGCGUUGAAAAUCAAAGGAACGGUCUAGAUUUAUCAGCUCGUCUCCCUCAAGAUCCUCGUGAACCUCGCUCAAUUUUAUCAUCAUCAUCUCCUUGUUUCCCAAUCACCCUCAGGUUCGUUGAUGUCUGUUACCGAGUGAAGAUCCAUGGCAAAACCGGCGAGUCCGGUAAGAUCCAGAGAUUGUUGGGACUAGACCACAAACCGUCCGAUGAGACUACAUCAACGGAGGAGAGGACGAUACUUAAUGGAGUUACCGGAAUGGUGUCACCCGGCGAGUUUAUGGCUGUUCUUGGACCAUCCGGAAGCGGAAAGUCCACGCUACUAAACGCUAUUGCAGGGAGACUCCAUGGACCAGGUCUCACCGGAAAAAUACUCAUGAACGAUGUGAAACCAACGAAACAAACGCUAAAACGUACUGGCUUCGUCGCGCAGGACGAUCUCCUCUACCCUCACUUAACCGUACGCGAAACCCUAGUUUUCGUCGCCUUGCUCCGUCUCCCUCGGAGUCUAACAAGACACGACAAGAUCAAAGCCGCCGAGUCAGUGAUCUCCGAGCUGGGGCUGGAGAAAUGCGAGAACACAGUGGUUGGUAACACUUUCAUCAGAGGGAUAUCUGGCGGUGAGAGGAAACGAGUGAGUAUAGCUCAUGAGUUACUCAUCAACCCGAGCCUUCUUGUCCUCGACGAGCCUACGUCUGGACUCGACGCUACGGCGGCUCUACGGCUUGUUCAGACACUCGCCGGGAUGGCUCAUGGUAGAGGGAAGGCGGUGGUCACGUCGAUUCACCAGCCGUCGAGCCGUGUGUUCCAGAUGUUUGAUACUGUGCUUCUUCUUUGCGAAGGAAAGUGUUUGUUCUACGGAAAAGGAAGAGACGCCAUGGCUUACUUCGAGUCCGUCGGGUUCUCGCCUGCGUUUCCAAUGAAUCCGGCUGACUUCCUUCUCGAUCUUGCUAACGGAGUUUGUCAAAUUGACGGCAUGACAGAACGGGAAAAGCCAAACGUGAAACAGACGCUGGCUGUAGCUUAUAAUACAUUGCUAGCCCCAAACGUCAAAACCUGCAUCGAUGCGGCACCUUCUCUUGGAGAGAACAUGCGUUUUGUAAAAACGCGAGAGAACGAACAUGGAAUAACGUCAGGUAUCACAACAUGGUCCAGCCAACUUUGCAUUCUCCUCCACAGACUUCUUAAAGAACGGCGCCACGAAUCCUUCGAUGCACUUCGCGUUUUCCAAGUGAUAGCGUCUUCACUACUCUCUGGUCUAAUGUGGUGGCACUCAGAUUAUCGAGACGUACACGACCGACUAGGACUACUCUUCUUCAUAUCCAUUUUCUGGGGGGUAAUUCCGUCAUUUAACGCAGUUUUCACGUUUCCGCAAGAACGAGCCAUCUUCACUCGAGAACGCUCGUCCGGUAUGUACACACUCUCAUCUUACUUCAUGGCUCAUGUCAUUGGAUCGCUCUCCAUGGAACUCGUUCUCCCGGCAGUGUUCUUGACGCUAACUUAUUGGAUGGUCGGUCUACGUCCAGGGCUAGUCCCUUUCCUCCUCACCCUCUUCGUGCUACUACUAUACGUUUUAGCAUCCCAAGGACUCGGACUUGCCCUUGGCGCAGCGAUCAUGGACGCAAAGAAAGCUUCCACGAUCGUGACUGUGACAAUGCUAGCGUUUGUUUUAACCGGUGGUUACUACGUGAACAAAGUGCCUUAUGGAAUGGUGUGGAUGAAAUACAUCUCCACGACGUUUUAUUGUUACCGUCUGUUAAUUGCAAUCCAGUAUGGUAAUGGUGAUGAGAUAUUGAGGAUGUUUGGAUGUGAGCCCAAGAGAACGCAAGGAACGGCUAUGACUGCUGGGUGUAGGUUUAUGGAGGAGGAAGUGGUUGGAGACAUUGGGAUGUGGACGAGCGUUAGUGUUUUGUUUUUCAUGUUUGCUAGUUAUAGAGUAUUGGCUUACUUGGCUCUGAGGCGUAUUUAACUUUGAAAUGAGGUGAGGGAGGGGAAAAAUAAUGAUUGGAUACAAAUAAAAUCAAAAAAUUUAAUUUCUAGGUUCUUACUAAUCCAGAAUAUUAAGCUGUUGCUAGUUAGCGACGGGUAGGUGGUUUAGUUUGUUCGGUUGUCGAGUUUUUAACAUGUGAAAGUGAAACCAAAAUAACAAAGUAUU